AUGAUGUUUCAUUUUAGUACCGCUCAUGCUUUGUGGCCUAUGAAGGAUCGAUGUGAUUUUCACAAUCAGCUAGUGCUGACUUCCAUCUACAGAGCUUGGGACGAUCCUUCUUGGGUAUCAAGUACAGCUUCAUCUUCUAUAUCUUCCUCAACGGCAUCACCUUUUGGAAGUGGUUCAGCCACUGUCGCAUCCUCGACUUCUUCUUCAAGUAAUGUAUCAUCAGAAACAGAUUCAGCAUCCUCGUCAUCAUCAUCGAGUACAGGAAUUUCCACUGGUGCCAAAGCUGGUAUAGAUAUCGGAGUUAUCCUCGGCGUUCUACUCAUCGCAGCGGGAACGUUUCUGUUAUUCAGAAGAUUCGGAAGACGUCCUCGAGGAUUGCAGCCUGUUCCUAUAGCUGAUGUUGAUGGGCCAACGCAAUAUUACGAGAAGCCUCCUGGCGAUGAACCCUAUAAUGCUCCUCCUUAUGUCACAGAAGCUCCAGAGACAACGGUAUAUCAACAAGGGGGAGAAUUACAUGGCAACGAUAUAUCUUACGAGUUACCCGGAAGUACGGCCGCUGGGAGAUAA